UAGGAGCGGGCUUGCUCGACGCGCAAGCGCGCUGGCCCGGCACGGCGGUGGUCUUGCUGGCGGCGUGGGCUGGGAUUGCGGUGCCUGUGCUUCCCGGUGCCAGGGUGUCAUGGAAGGGCUGCUGACAAGAUGCAGAGCAUUGCCCGCCCUGGCCACCUGCAGCCACCAGCUCUCUGGGUAUGUUCCUUGCAGGUUUCACCACUGUGCCCCAAGAAGAGGGCGGCGCCUGCUGCUGUCUCGUGUGUUCCAGCCACAGAACCUUCGGGAAGACCGGGUGCUCUCCCUGCAGGACAAAUUUGAUGACCUGACCUGUAAGAGCCAGCGGCUGAUGCUGCAGGUGGGCCUGAUCUACCCAGCAAGCCCCGGCUGUUACCACCUCCUGCCAUACACCGUCCGUGCCAUGGAGAAGCUCGUGCGAGUGAUAGACCAGGAGAUGCAGGCCAUCGGGGGCCAGAAAGUCAACAUGCCCAGCCUCAGCCCAGCAGAGCUCUGGCAAGCCACCAACCGGUGGGACUUGAUGGGCAAGGAGCUGCUAAGACUUAGAGACAGGCAUGGCAAGGAAUACUGCUUAGGACCAACUCACGAGGAAGCCAUUACAGCCUUAAUUGCCUCCCAGAAGAAACUGUCCUACAAGCAGCUUCCCUUCCUGCUGUACCAAGUGACAAGGAAGUUUCGGGAUGAGCCCAGGCCCCGCUUUGGUCUUCUCCGUGGCCGAGAGUUUUACAUGAAGGAUAUGUACACCUUUGACUCCUCCCCAGAGGCUGCCCAGCAGACCUACAGCCUGGUGUGUGAUGCCUAUUGCAGCCUGUUCAACAGGCUAGGGCUGCCAUUUGUCAAGGUCCAGGCCGAUGUGGGCACCAUCGGGGGCACAGUGUCUCAUGAGUUCCAGCUCCCAGUGGAUAUUGGAGAGGACCGGCUUGCCAUCUGUCCCCGCUGCAGCUUCUCAGCCAACAUGGAGACACUAGACUUUUCACAAAUGAACUGCCCUGCUUGCCAGGGCCCACUGACUAAAACCAAAGGCAUUGAGGUGGGGCACACAUUUUACCUGGGUACCAAGUACUCAUCUAUUUUCAAUGCCCAGUUUACCAAUGUCUAUGGCAAACCAACCCUGGCUGAAAUGGGGUGCUACGGCUUGGGUGUGACACGGAUCUUGGCUGCUGCCAUUGAAGUCCUCUCUACAGAAGACUGUGUCCGCUGGCCCAGCCUACUGGCCCCUUACCAAGCCUGCCUCAUCCCCCCUAAGAAGGGCAGUAAGGAGGAGGCGGCCUCCGAGCUCAUAGGGCAGCUGUACGACCACAUCACAGAGGCAGUGCCUCAGCUUCACGGAGAGGUGCUCCUGGACGACAGGACCCAUCUGACCAUCGGAAACAGACUGAAAGAUGCCAACAAGUUUGGCUACCCCUUUGUGAUAAUCGCUGGCAAGAGGGCCCUGGAGGACCCUGCAUAUUUUGAGGUUUGGUGUCAGAACACUGGUGAGGUGGUCUUCCUCACCAAAGAUGGAGUCAUGGAUUUACUGACCCGAGUGCAGACUGUCUAAAUGUCCCCAGCCCACCCCUGCCCCCAUUUGCAGCCUUGUUGUUCAUCUAACACUGCAUUUUCCUACACCCCUUUCCUGGACUGCUGUCUCCAGAAACAGCACAGCUCGUGGAGGGUGAGAUCACGUUAGGGAAAACAGUUUUUAUCUAGUCAUUUGUUCAGAGUAUUUGAAGUCAUUAACUUGAUCCCUUUCUGCAGACUGGCCAUGCUGCCAUAGACCUUUCCUUUUGUAUUCCGUUGUGGAAGCUUCUAGGAGGCUGAGAGGCAGAAGAUCCAAGCUCCAGUCUUGGGUGUUACUCUGAGGGGGUCUCUGCAUGUCCAUAUCUGACAAGAAUCGUAUCAAGACCAAGCUCAAAGCCAGCACCUCCUAAAAAGCUGCCUGGCAGCUCUGAAUAGUGGUUUUCCUUCUGCCUCCCACAGCACAGAUCACAUCCCUUCUUGUUUUGUGCAUACACAGCUCAUUGUACAGUGGUCCUGCCUCUUGUUGAUGGUGAGCUCCCUGAGGCCAGGCCCCUGAGCUAAUUCCCAGUGCACUGCAGUUCUUAUUUUGGCCAGUGGUUCCACCUGCUAAACAGCCUCCAGGCAGCUUGUUACUGGGAGAGCAACCCUGCCUGCCUCCACAUAGCAUCAGGUUUCCUGUUUUUGUUUUUGUUUUUUGAGACGGAGUUUUGCUCUUGUUGCCCAGGCUGGAGUGCAAUGGCGCAUUCUCAGCACACCACAACCUCCGCCUCCCAGGUUCAAGCGAUACUCCUGCCUCAGCCUCCCGAGUAGCUGGGAUUACAGGCAUGCGCCACCACACCUGGCUUAUUUUGUAUUUUUAGUAGAGACGGUUUCUCCACGUUGGUCAGGUUAAUCUCAAACUCCCAACCUCAGGUGAUCUGCCUGCCUCGGCCUCCCAAAGUGGUGGGAUUACAGGCGUGAGCCACCAUGCCCAGCCAGCAUCGGGUUUUCUAAUGAUUGUGUAGCCAAGCCCUACCAGCUCCCAGCCCUGCCAUUGGAGCUCUGGGCCCAGGAUUCCUUUGGAAUACUUCAGAUUUUCAGGCUAGGAGACGUGCAUUCUGAAAGCAAACCUACUAAGGCUAGAUUACAAGGCAGAGGAUCUUACCCUUGCACAUUGGAAUCACCUGGGUCCAGAGGGUCUGGUUACGUGUAGGGUGUGGCCUGGGCAUUGGGAAGUUUAAAGCUUCCCAGCUGAUUGUAAUGUGCAGUCAAAGUCAAUUGAGAGCUCCUGGUGCAAGAGCUGCCUCCUCUGGGUCCACUUUGUAGCUGGGAAUUUCUUUUAGUAAUUUCAGUUGUUCAUUAUCAGACUGAUGUGCGCACUCUGCUUUUAAUGGGCUGGCCGUUUAUUUGUUGAGGAUCUGCCGUAUGCCACUGUGGUGUGAGGCACUUUUAACAUUUUUUAUUUACUUUUAUUUUUUAGAGAUGGGGCCUCACUAUGUUGCUCAGGCAACAGAUUUCAAACUCCUGGGCUCAAGCGAUCCUGCCUCAGCCUCCUGAGUGGCUUGGGGCUACAGGUGUGCACCAUCCACGGCAGCUAAUUUUUUUCUUUUUUUUUUUUUUAAGAGACAGGCUCUCGCUCACUUUGUUGCCCAGGCUGGUCUCCAACUCCUGGCUUCAAGUGAUCCUCCUGCCUCGGCCUCCCAAAGUGCUGGGAUUACAGGUGUGAGCCACUGCGCCUGGCCACUGUUAGGCACUUCUAUAUACAUUUUCAGAUUUCACAAUUGUGCAAGGCAGAUGCUGUUACCUCAUUUUACAGAUGAGGAAGCAUGAGGAUCUAUUUCAGCAACUUACCCAAGGAUGCACAGCUAUUAUGAUCAUAGCUAGAUUGCAGGCACUGGCCAAAAACUGUCCUUCUCACUACACUGCUUAGCCUCUGCAAAAGUGAUUUCAAUAAAUAAAACUAAAUUAUGUAUAUCUCUCUAACCAAGUUAGCCUAAAGUAUGUGAGAAAUUAGGAUUCAUGCAAAUGGGUGCUUUAAAUAUAUAUAUAUUUUUUAAGAGGCAGGGUUUUUACCUGGGAGCAGCCCAGCACUUUGGGAGGCUGAGGCCGGCAGAUCACUUGAGCCCAAGAGUUGAAGACCAGCCUGGACAACAUAACCCGGGCAUGGUGGCACACACCUGUAGUCCCAGCUACUUGGGAGGCUGAGGUGGGAGGAUUGCUUGAGCCCAGGAGGUGGAGGUUGCAGUGAGCUGAGAUGGCACCACUACACUCCAGCCUGGGUGACAGAGCCAGACUCUGUCUCAAUAAAGAAGAGAGGCGGAGUUCUUGCUAUGUUGUUCAGGCUGGACUUAACUCCUGGGCUUAAGCAAUCCUCCCAGUUCAGCCUCCCAAGUAGUGUGCCACUUCGGCUAAAAAAUUUUUAUUUUUAUUUUUUGGCCAAAUAAUUUUUUAACUUUAAAUUUAUGCCCCAUAAGCUUGCUUGUUUAUGAGAGGUUAGCCUAAUGUAAGCACUUUUAAAAACCAGAUUCCAGGAAUAGAGAGCCAGUUAAUUUUACUUUUGAUUAAUGUGCAAGGCCUAGACUGACUUGAGGAUGAUAUAGAAUCCUGGAGCUUUAGAGUUUAGCUAAACUUGAAGCCGGCCUUGGCUCUCAGCUGGGAAGUGAGCCUGGAACAGGAAUGAACCCGCCACAUGUCAUCUGACUCGCAAGACACCCAAGGACGGGACAGGCGCUACUCCUCUCUGGUUGGUCCUGCUGAGUGAAGAGAAGACGGGCUGGAUCAACCUUUGAGCUGCCAAAGCUGUGUAAGUUCGUGAAACAGUCUCUCCUAGGUCUGACAGCAGAGAGUGCACAAAGGACCUCAUGUCCAUCGGCCUCCUGGUCCUCAGGCCCUUAGGUUACCAAAACCAGGCCCUCAACUGGUCCUCAGGUCCUUAAGUGGCCAAAACCAGGCGUAGGAAGGAGACUGAACUUCAGCUUCCUGGCCACAAGCCACAGACGGACCGGCACCUGGAAGCUGCAUGGUUCUUUCUUUGUAAGUAUUCCACAGCCAAUUUCCUUUCAAAGACAGUGAGGCACACUACACAAAACUCUAAAUUAGUCUACUUUUUUUUGUUGUUUGUGUUUGAGACAGAGUUUUGCUCUUGUUGCCCAGGCUGAAGUGCAAUGGCACGAUCUUGGCUCACUGCAACCUCCGCCUCCCAGGUUGAAGUGAUUCUACUGCCUCAGCCUCCCGAGUAGCUGGGAUUACAGAUGCCUGCCACCACGCCUGGCUAAUUUUUGUAUUUUUAGUAGACACGGGGUUUGCUAUGUUGGCCAGGCUGGUCUCGAACUCCUGACCUCAGGUGAUCCACCCACCUCCGCCUCCCAGUGUCGGGAUUACAGGCGUGAGCCACCGCACCCAGCCUCAAAUUAGUCCACUUUUAAGGACAGCAGCUGGUUCCAGUUUACUGAUGUAUUAGCUCUGCUAUAGUAACAACCAACCCCUAAAUCUCACUGCUUACUACAGCAAACAUUGCACUCUCAUUCCUGUGACACUCAGUGGCUGCAGGCCAGCUGCUGUAGCUAGGCUCCAUGGAAUGGCUCCUCUGUAGGAAAUGUGUUCUCACCGCAGAGGGAAGAGCACAGGCCAACCACACAUGACUCUUGAGGCUUCUGUCAGACACAGGACAGCUCAUGCCUGCGCAUAUCCCUCUGCAUCGGGAGCAGGGAAGUACACUCUCCCGGGGGGAUGCGGUGGGGGCACUACAAGAAGUCACACAGCUACAGGUCAGGAUGGAUAAACUCCUCUUAGGAACGGGGCAACAAACAGCUGCGGACAAAAAUAUACCCUAUAACAACCCAACAUGCUACAAGAUUUUCCAGUUUAAAAGACACAAAAUCCUAAAUGUCAAAACUGCAGAGGAAUUCAGAGGCCACUGUGCAAGUCUGUCACAGUCCUCCAUAUGGCAAAGAUGAAGAAAAUUGGCAAUCUUUUUAGGGGUACCAAGGAUCACAGUUUGUAUGGUCUUUAUAAAUGCAGAGCAAGAUGUGGCUUUCCUGCCCCCAUUUCACCUCAAGGCAUCUGCAGCAACCCCACGUGGCUUCCCUCUGUGAGCAUGAAAUAACUUGAGGCCAGGGUCUCAGCUUUAAAGCCUUGGAAUCCUAUGCAUUGUUUGUGUGUAGAUGUGCAGUUCGAGGGGUAGCUUCUCUAAGGUGUCAAACUCCACAAAAGUUCAGGAUCAUGUCACUGGAUCCUGAGUCCAUCUCCACAGACCAGGGUGCCCCUCAGGUCAGUUGCUGUGGUAACUGCAGCAGAUGGUCCCUUUAGCAAUGGAGUCCAGGGACAUCAUGGCCAAGGCCCAGAGUUUUAUAUCAACUGAGGAAAGUGAAGACCAGCCAGAGAGGCUGCCGUUGACGGAAGCCAGCGGCUCCUCCCCCACCACGAUGCUAGGAAGGACUAUCCCCAGGGUGAUGGAAAGAAAGCACUGGACUCCAGCAGUAUGUCCAGCUGAUUGAGGCGUGCUAGGUUCCCAGCAGAGGAGGGUGAGGGAGGAGAUCCAGGGGCCCUGGCUUAAUCAUCGUAUCUGGUGCACCUUUCUCCCCCGGAGAUAAUUCUUGCAAAAAGGAGAGGAUCCUACACAGACCAAAAAUGCUGGUGUCGCGGCUUUUACAAAGUACCUGCCGUGAACACAACAAAAGAGAGGGUGUUAAUUUAAUUACAAUCUUAACCAUCCAUGCACCUUCCUAACAUUCAAGGGGAGCCUUUGGAUGGCAGUCAACAUGAAAAUGUACGUUUAGCACAGUUAUUUGGUGGUUCAUAAAUCUGGCAAAUUAGCAUGACAUUCUCAUCCUUACAACCUAGCCAGAACCUUUAGGCCAGUCCUCUGGCAUCAUGCAUGUCUGUGGCUAAAUAUGAAAUAAAAAUAUAAAGCGUG